GUCGGUGGGUGGGGCGAAGGACGGAAGUCGCUGCGCCGGCUCCACCACGCACAGGGAAUCUUUUGCCGCUUCGGCCCGCAAUUUAUUCAGUGAUUCCACAGCCCCGGGGGCCGAUGAAUGGUCGUGCGGUCCCGGCCUGGGCACACGGCUAGCCCAGCCCCGUUUCCCCGACCCACUUCCGUGCCCGGCCCCAAGCUGCUCGCUCCCUAAGCCCCACUUCCGGUCCGGGCUACUUUCACUUGUGUGGGUCUUCCGACUCCUCUCCCAUUUGCCGAGAUCUUCCAGAGUUCACUAAGCAGGAGUCUGGAAUCACCUCGACUAGUUCUUUGCCGGGAAGUGGCUCCUCCGAGUCCGGCAACUUAAGUUCCCCGGGGACAGCUGGUACUCUCUCGUUUCCUCAUUUAUCUCCUUUCCCACUCCUUUCUCACCAUUUUUGUUCUAUCUUUCCUGAGCCAAAGAUCAUUCUCCCCGACGAAGUCUCCCAAAGUAUCAAAUAGGAGGAGAGAAUCGCAUUUGAAUGACUUCCUGUUUUCUUGCCGCCUGCAGAAUGAAGUGACACAGGAGAAAAGGACUCACAAACUCAACCACUCUGGGACUCAAGUUCUGACUGCAAAAAUGAGUGCCUUAUUUCUGGAAGUCAAGGCUGCACUAAAUAACUCCUCUGACUUCUCUAUUCCAGAGACUGUGGCUACUGAGGAUGUUUUGACUCCCUUCUGGAAAGGGGAGGAGACACUUGAGAGCAUAUAAAAGCCCCAGGACUGGGUCAGUUUUCCAAAUCUCUGCUCAGAGCCUACACUCCAGCUGGAGCUGUGUUCCUGACCAGGAAGCCUCCUAGCAGGAUAGAAAAGCUUGGUGUGGAUAAAGCAUUGUACUUGGGAGUCAAGAAGAACUGAAUUCCAAUCUGACCUCAGACACUUACUAGCUGUACUAUCCCAGAAACACUGAAGUCAAGUAUCAAGACGGUCACUUCUCAAGCUGCUGCUGACUAGACGAGACGAUGCUGAGCAUCAAAGCAGAAGGCAGCUUUGUGGUGAAGGUCAGGGGCUUGCCUUGGUCGUGCUCGGCCAGUGAUGUCCAACACUUCUUCUCAGGCUGCAGAAUUCGAAAUGGGGUGGCAGGAAUUCACUUCAUCUAUACCAGAGAGGGGAGACCAAGUGGAGAGGCAUUUGUGGAGCUCGAGUCUGAAGAAGAGGUCGAACUGGCUCUGAAAAAACACAGAGAGACCAUGGCGCACAGAUACGUGGAAGUGUUCAGGUCCAACGCUGUGGAGAUGGAUUGGACCCUGAAGCGCACUGCUCCCAAUAGUCCUGACCCUGCAGGCGAUGGCUACGUGCGCCUUAGAGGGCUCCCAUUUAACUGCAACAAGGAAGACAUCGUUCAGUUUUUUUCAGGGUUAGAAAUCAUGCCGAAUGGAAUAAUGCUGCAGGUAGACUUCCGAGGGAGGAACAGCGGGGAAGCCUUCGUGCAGUUUGCUUCACAAGAGAUUGCUGAAAAGGCCUUAAAGAAACACAAGGAGAGAAUGGGCCACAGGUACAUUGAAAUCUUCAAAAGCAGCCAAGCAGAAGUUCACACUCAUUAUGAUCUGCCUCAGAAGAAAAUGGUGAGGCAGCGUCCGGGCCCUUACGAUAGACCUCCGACCGGCAGAUACUAUGGCAGCCUCGGGAGAGGAGCGGGGCUUGAGGGAAUGAGGUACGGUGCCCACGAAAUCAUGUACGGAGGCUACGAAGACUACGUUGGAUACAGUAAUGACUAUCACUUUGGGAGAGACCCCAGGUACUUUUUAGCCGUGUCUGGCGACAGCUACGGAUCCGGCUGGUCUACCUUCCAGAGUCCUGCGGGCCACUUUGUGCACAUGAGAGGGCUACCUUACAAAGCUACUGAAAAGGAUAUCUAUGACUUUUUCUCACCACUCAAACCUGUGGGAGCUUACAUUGAGGUUGGAGCUGAUGGCAGAGUGACUGGAGAAGCGGAUGUGGAGUUCGCUACUCACGAAGAUGCUGUGGCAGCCAUGUCAAAAGACAAAGCAAAUAUGCAGCACAGAUACAUAGAACUCUUCCUCAAUUCUGUAGCAGCAGCAGACAGUGGUGUUUAUGAUCCCCAAAUGAUGGGGGGCAUGGGCUUGUCAAACCUGCCUGGUUAUGGCAGUCCAUCUGGUCAGGAGCUGAAUGAGGCUUCUGGAGGAGCCUACGAUGGGCAGAUCAGCAUGAGCAAAAGUGAUCAAGUUUUACAGGAAAACUCCAAUUUUUCAACCACAUAUUGCAUAGAAAACCAAGGAGAGAUGAACAACAGCUACAACAAUUGGGGGAGCUCUGUUUCUGUGGGAAUGGAUAGAAUGGAAGAAAUAACAGGCAUGUCCAGUAUGGGAAGUGAAUCAGUAAUGUACCCCGAUUACUAACUCAGUCAACCUUUAAAAAAACAAAAAAAAAACAAAAAAACAAAAAAAAACAAAGAAAAAUGAUGUUUUGCAAUACAAGCUUAUGGUUUAUGCUUACUGUGACUGGCAUCAGAAUUGUUUUUUAAAACUUCAAGUUUGAAAUUUUUAGAACACAAGAAAACAUUCAUGAUGUAAUAAACUGAAUAAAGAUUAUAAGUGCUAAGAAAAAAAAUCCAUUUUUCUCAAGGUAAUUUGUUUUAUGAUUGUGAUUGAGUAUUGAGGUUAAAGACAUCUCAGUUUUGUUAAAUGUUAUUCUUAUGCCAGACUACCAGGAAUGCUAAAAUGCAUUUUGGGAGACAUGCUUAUUAAAAAAAAAAAAAAAAAAAAAAAAAAAAAAAAUUGUUUAUUUUCUCAAUUACAUGUAAAAAAAAUUGUUAAUAUUUGAUUUUUAAAAUUUUGAGUUCUGAAAUCUCUACAUCCUUUCCUCCUUCCCUGCACCCCCAUUGAGAAGGAAACUAAUGUUUUAUAGAUUAUACAUGUGCAGACAGGCAGCGCAUAUUUCCACGUUAGCCAUGUUGCAAAAUUUAAAAAUAUCAGAAAGAGGGAGACAUGACUGAAAUGACUCAACAACAAAAAAAAAAAAAUACCAAAAAAACCAUAAAGUUUAAAAAGUAUACUUUGAUCUUCAUUCAGACUAUCAAUUCAUUCUUUAAAGACUAACAGCAAUUUUAAUCAUAAGUCCUUCACUGUUGUCUUGGAUCAUUGGAUAGCUGAAAAUAGCCAAGUCAUUCACAGUAGAUGAUCAUACAAUAUUGCUGUUACUGUGUAUGAUGUUCCUUUAAGUGUGAUAGGUGAAGUUUCUCAGAUUUAUUAGAAUAAAUUUGUUUAAAUCCUAGGCCUCAGUUUCAUUUAUCAAAAAUCAUCUGACUUAAGAGAAAACAGGUACUCCAAGUCCCCCUCCCCUGAAUGCUAUUGUGAGACUUUGCCACAUCAGCAGGAGUUAUACCAAAUAAGGUUAUGAAUGCUUUUAUGAGUUUGUAUUAGUUAAUUUCUGUUUCCUUAUUCUUUGUAUCUAGGAUAGUUUAGAUUGUGAGCCUGCCCUUCCCCCCUGACUGGGAUUGGAAGCCAGUGAAGGGUGGGAGAUUUCCAAGUUAGGGGUAUAUAAUUUGUUGCUUUCCUUCUGUAAUUUGCUUUUCCUUGCCUGACUGCUUGUUAGGAGGGACGCUCAAAAGAUCAUAAUAAAAUUCCUUUGUUUUCACCUUGAGAAAUUUUCAUUAUUUGAAUUGGUGAUCUUUGUCCCAUAUGCCUUCAUUUUGCUUACUUCACUUUGCAUCAUUUUAUGUCUUUUUUGUUUGUUUUUUAAACGCUCCUGUUCCUCAUUUCUUACAACAUAAUAUGCCACAGCUUCUUCAGCCGUCCCCCAAUUGAUGGACAUCUCCUGAAUUUCUAACUCUGCCAAAUAAAGAACUGUGUGAUUCAAAAGAGAAAUAUGUAACACAGUAAUUUGUUUCCUUUAUCAUCCUAUGAGACUCAUUUAAAGUUGUUUUUGGUUUUUUUUAAGACAAUGAGGACAAUUUUGAGAAACAAUAUAAAUAUUGUAGGACUUUUGUUCUUGGUAUUUAUAUCAAUUUGUGAGACAUUGAUUAAAUCUCACUGCUGGAAUUUCCUUUUAGGCGUGUUGUAUCAAGUUAAACUUGUUAAAUAAAACCUUUUGAAAAUUAAUUGAGGGAGUAGAUCCAAGAUGAUGGAGUCCAUGCAGCAACUCGGCCAACUCAUCUUUUUAAAUUGAUUUUUCUAAUAAUAUGAUGAUGAGAUCUGAUUGAAUGAUUCAGAAUCCACUUGAGAGAGAUGGUUGGGCUUGUCUGUAUUGUCCAUGGGAUCCAUCCUGAGGAACUUGGUAGCUGACUGAUUUAAGGGAAAUUCUUGUCACUUUAUUAGUAUAAUAAUACUGAGCACUGGUUUAAAGUAAUUGCAAGGUUAAGAGAAAUUGUCACUGCUUCAACAAUUUAAAAGCAGAAGAUAUACUGAUUUGCCUAGCAGAAAAACUGUUGGGGGGGAGGGAAGAGCCAUAAGAGUCAUUAGCAUCGAAGCAUUGUUUAGUAGCACAAAUGCAUCUAUACACCUACAGUUCCAGAGCUGUAAAUUGUCCUAUACACAUGAAUUGUCAUCAUUUAUGUGACUCUGCUAGAUUUCUCUGUGUAUGCUCCCUUUUCCCCAAGCUAUAGUAUGGGAAUGUGAUCCAGAUAUUUCCCUUAUCUUGUGUAUCUGUGAUGUUAUAAUUAUUCUUGUGCUUUUUUUAUCAUUAAAUAAAGUUGUAUGUUUGAACUAA